UUUUCAGCUUUUCAAGAUUCUGCAUUUAUCAUGUAUAUAACAAGCAGAAGACGGACAGAAUGGCAGUAACAAUGAACAUGGCUACAAGGAAACGCUUGGAAUUGAAGCUUCCAGUUCCAAUUCAUAGGAGAGAUAACAUAGCUCUGCCUCUGCCUCUGCCUCCGCCUCCGCAGACAGAUCUGAAACAGAGCAUAAAAGGACUCUGUGAUUUGGAAAGAGUGGGAGUCUUGGGGUAUGGCAGCCAAGGCAGAGUGUAUAAAGUCCUCCAUCGGAGAUCCUGCUCUUAUUAUGCUCUCAAAGUAGUCUGCCUCGACUGUGAACCGUCUGCAAGACAGAUUAUUAGGGAGAUGGAGAUUGUCAAGGAGAUCAAUUCCCCCACCAUUGUGAAAUGUGAGGGCGUUUUUGAGGAGGGCGGGAACAUAAAUUUCGUGCUGGAAUACAUGGAUGGAGGCUCUCUGGCAAAUUUAUUGAAGCGCAAGAGAAGAAUGACAGAAUCCUCCAUUGCUAAGGUUGCUCGACAAGUGCUGGAGGGAUUGAAAUAUCUUCACGGUAGGAGGAUUGUGCACAGAGAUCUUAAGCCGUCUAAUCUGUUGAUUCACAGAAGUUCACAAGCAGUUAAAAUUGCAGACUUUGGAGUGAGUCGAAGUGUGUCAGAGAGUAUAGAUGUGAGGUGCAGUUCCUAUGUGGGGACUUGUGCUUACAUGAGCCCUGAGAGAUUCGAUCCAGAGAGCUAUGGGGGAAGUUAUAAUGGGUAUGCAGCAGAUAUGUGGAGUUUGGGAUUGACAUUUUUGGAAUGCUAUGUGGGGUAUUUCCCAUUUGUGGGUCCUGGAGAGCACCCAGAUUGGGCUACGCUCAUGUGUGCCAUUUGUUUCGGGGAGCCGCCCUCUGCGCCGUCAAGUGCAUCUGCAGAAUUCCAGAAUUUUAUUGCAUGCUGUCUUCAAAAGAACCCCAAAAAGAGAUGGACAGCCUCCCAGCUUCUUACCCACCCGUUUCUCAAGACAAUCCUUCAAUAAUUUUGUAACAGAUGAAUCAAGCCAUCCAUAGCUUGGA